AUGGGCGAACUGGUGCAACUUGAAAUUGGCAGUGACGUAGAAGGAUGGCGAAUUGACGGCAAACUUGGUGAGGGCGCUUUCGGUGCUGUCUACGUCUGCUCCAAGGAUAAUCAAAAAUAUGCAUUGAAGGUGGAAAGUGUACACGAAAAAGUGGGUUUCCUUAAAAUGGAGCUAACAGUGCUAAGUAAGCUGAAAGAGCAAGACCGCCUGAGGCAUUUCUGCCGAAUCGAGGAUAAGGGACGGCACAACGAUUUCUUCUACAUUGUUAUGACGAUGGUUGGAAGAUCAUUACAGGUUUAUGUUUUUCGCAACAAAUCGGAUUGUUUUAAAACUGAACUCCACCUCUGUUUGCUUCUUGGAGCCGGGCUCAAUUGA